UCGUUAAAUGUAAAGAAACUACACUACCCAGAAUGCCCAGUUCCCUCGGCGAGUCGGCGUAAUCCAGGAACUGGCAAGCCCAGGGUGGCCCUUUAAAUGUAUCCGGGGAUGAGUGCGGUACAGUCAUUUCUGGUAGGACGAGGGGAGGUAUGGCUGCUGUUAGCAGUUUAGCAAUAGCUGAAGCGUGAGAGAGCGAAAGAAGGAACAGCGUACGGGGAGGGAGACGGGAAAUAUCAUACGCGGUAUAAUGAGGCAAGGGAACGUAGAGACGAGUCGGUCAGCGGCGCGUUCGUGCUGGAUAUUUACACAAAACAAAGUUGAGAGUGCAGGUCCCGGGGAGUUUCAGUCUGCGAUCCAACAGCAGACCUGCUCAUCACAAUACACACAUUAAUAAUAACAGCAGGGAAGGCUUCGGGGCGCAGGAAAAGUCGUGGGCUUGCAGGGACUGUGCUUGUGAUCCGACCAGCUCUUGCGUCACAUUCCGACAUACACUAAUUUAACACUUUUUAAUUCUCUAUUAGCACUAAUGUUGUUUGUUACUUAGGUCGAUUUUAAAGACCAAAAUACUGACUGACAAGGAAACACUAAUCGGCACAGUAUGGGUUUAUACCUUUGAGCUCCAACCUUAUGCAUUGAUAACACUGUGAGUUAGCACGAUUUUCUGCGUGCUUGGUUGUAUUGUAAAAUUAAUGUUUACAUCCGCACUGAACUGUCUAUAGAAGCGGGAGAUUUAUUUUGUGAUUUUUUUUUUUAUAUAUAUAUAGAUACACAAACUAAUAAAAUAAAAAUACAAAGUCUUGGUGCCGGAUCGCUAGACCUCGUUUGGAGAGCAGUGCAGAAUACAGAUCAGCUUGAACCGUACAAACUGGAUUUAGUUACCGGGGGCAGGAGAGGUAGUGAGUAUUGGUGUUGAUAUAGACAGGAUGGGUCCUAGCUUCCACGCGUUCCUGCUGUACUUAGCAGCCCUUAGCUGGGUCCGUCACCACCUAGUCCUGGCGAUGACCACGGAAGAGAAGGCAAAAACCAGGGACCAGAUAUUGGAGAUGUUUGACCAUGCAUAUGGCAGCUAUAUGAAAUACGCCUACCCUGCUGAUGAGCUGAUGCCUCUGAGCUGCAGAGGGAGGGUCCGGGGCUUGGAGCCGAACCGCGGGGAUAUAGACGACGUUCUGGGGACGUUUUCGCUCACCCUCAUCGACUCCAUGGACACCUUGGUGCUCCUGAACAGGCUGGAUGAGUUUGAGGAGGCGGUGAAGAAAGUCAUUGUGGACGUGCGGCUCGACCACGACGUGGUGGUGUCGGUCUUCGAGACCAACAUCCGAGUGCUGGGCGGCCUGUUGGGGGCGCACGUGAUGGCCACCAUGCUGCAGCAGAGGCAGGAGCGCAUGCAGUGGUACAAGAAUGAGCUGCUCGCCAUGGCGACGGACCUUGGGCACCGACUCCUGCCAGCCUUCAACACCACCAGCGGACUGCCUUACCCCCGGGUGAACUUGCGCUACGGGGUCCUGAACCCACUCUCCCGAACUGGCACAGAGUCGAACACCUGCACGGCCUGCGCUGGCACCAUGAUCCUGGAGUUCGCGGCGCUGAGCCGCCUGUCCGGGGAGCCCGUCUUCGAGGGGCACGCGCGGAGAGCCCUGGACGUGCUGUGGGAGAAGAGACAGCGAGGCAGCGACCUGGUGGGGACCGUCAUCAACAUCCACAACGGGGACUGGGUGCGCAGGGACAGUGGGGUGGGGGCUGGGAUCGACUCGUACUACGAGUACCUGAUGAAGGCUUACAUCCUCCUGGGAGACAGCGUGUACCUGGAGAGAUUCAACACGCACUACACAGCGAUCAUGAAGUACAUCAGCCAGCCCCCCCUGCUGCUGAGCGUUCACAUGCACAACCCCACGGUCAGUGUGCGCGGCUGGAUGGACUCGCUGCUCGCCUUCUUCCCUGGGCUGCAGGUUUUGAGAGGGGAUUUAAAACCAGCGAUCGAAACUCACGAAAUGUUAUACCAGGUCACCAAGCAGCACAAGUUUCUACCCGAGGCAUUCACAACGGAGUUCAGAGUGCACUGGGGCCAGCAUCCCCUGCGGCCUGAGUUUGCAGAGAGCACCUACUUUCUUUACAAGGCUACAGGAGACCCGUACUACCUGCAGGUGGGCAGGUCCAUCGUGGACAGUCUGAACCAGCACGCCCGGGUCCCCUGUGGCUUUGCAGCCGUGCAGGACGUGAGGACAGGCAGACAUGAGGACAGGAUGGACUCGUUCUUCCUGGCGGAGAUGUUUAAGUAUCUGUACCUGCUGUUCUCGGAGAAGGAGCAGCUUCUCUUCGAUAUCGACGACUAUAUCUUCUCUACAGAGGCCCACCUGCUGCCCGUCACCCUGUCCACCAUGCAUCCCGCCUGCCAGGGCAACGCCAGCGCUGUUCACCCGACCGCUGAAGAGGACCUCUUCACUCACUCCUGUCCCAGCACUCAGACCCUGUUCCCCAACAACCCCGCCUUCGCAAAAACCAUCCGGGACCGCUACAAAUACCUGCUGGGGGCCGGGGGGGUGUACCACACCACACCAGUCAGGGAGUUUGAGCUGCCGCUGCACGACACUGGCAUGGAGCCCGUGGAGUUCCUGAAGAGCAUGGGCAUCUCUCUCAGUUCUGGGGGGGCUCUCUCCGGGGGGCAGCCGGUGAGUUACAGACCCCCCCAGGACUCCCCCUCUCAGAAGGGGGUGUACAGACUCAAGGUGAUCGCUGAGCUCACCCACACUCCUGAAGAAGAGGUGAUUGAACCACUGGCUGUGCAGAUCAUCUCGCCCCCCUUCCUGGGGAGAGUGGUACUGACUGCUGGGCCCGCCAAGUUUGGAAUGGACCUCACCAAGAACGAGCAUGGGGUGAAAGGCAGCGUGGUGAAGAGCGCCCCCUACACGGCGUGCAGUGCCAUCACUAACGCGGAGGAGCUGCGGGGGAGGAUUGCGCUGGCGGUGCGCGGGGAGUGCAUGUUCGCAAGCAAGGCGCGCAGGCUGCAGGAGGCGGGGGUGGCGGGGGUCAUCUUCAUCGAUCAGGGCACAGACAGCAGCAGCGAGGGGACCCCUCUGUUUCAGAUGGUGGGGGACGGGGGCAGCACCUCGGAGAUCAGCGUCCCGCUGGUGUUCCUCUUCAGUAAAGAGGGGCAGGUCCUGCUGGACGCGCUGGAGGAGCACAGCAGCGUGGAAGUGCUGCUCCUGCCCAGGAACAAGCAGCUCGGACAAGACAUCAAGAAGAAAGACAGACCGCUGGUUAUGAACGUCAGUGUCCGCCUGGCUGAUGAGUGGGAUCUACAGGCUGGCUCGAGCGGGCAGCUAGGGGGAGGGAUUGCCACGGUGGAGCUGGUCCUGGAGCCAGAGGAGCAGCGAGAGGAGAGCCAAGGACUCGGCUCCUCUUCAACUGCGUCUGAUCCCAGUACAGGAGCCCAGGCAGAGCCCAGUGACUCACAGCAGCCCUGUGCACAGCCAGCGCCUUGAAGAGUCCUCCUCCUCGCCUGCACCAUAGCGGAGACGCAGAGUCCAGGACUGCACAAUAUAGACCCUCACAGGGAAACGGUUUAUAGGGUCUGUACAGAGUGGGGGUGAGGGGGUGGGGGGGAUGCUAAUGGGCAUUAAAGGUUCACCUGCUUUCGCAUAUAUAUUAAAGUUUUAUGUCUUAAUAAAGAAAUGAAAAGAAAGGAGAUGUGCACAGGUCUCCCCGCUGUUGCACCAGUAUGCAGCAGUGCGUUGUGCCCUGCUACUCUGCAGCUUGGUGUGUUUGCAAGCCAGUCACUCAGAAGCCUGCAGCUGGUACGUACUGCACUUCAGGAAAGCCCAAUCCUGGAGAGCCAUUCUACUCCAGGUUUUACAGAUAUAAGAAGUGGUUGGUUUGAAUAAAUCAUUCAGACCUGGUUUGGAAGGGUCAGAAUUGCCCAUCUCCGAGGUAUUUUCUACCUUUUAUGUUGAUGGCCCGCUCUGGUCUCUUGCUGAAAAAGUGGAACUGGGCACGACCGGGUUCCUGUAAGUAUUCAUGAAACGUUCGUGGUGCUGAAUCAGAGACGGGGUCGGUCCCCGGAUUUCAUGACACAGACGCUCAGAAGUUACAGAUCUGCUGGUCUCUGGGUUUCUGGAUCUCUGAAGCACGGCCAGGCUUCCGUAGUGACGGUGCCUCCUGGGUUGAGCUGCUAGGAGCCACAGCGUUUGGUUUUGCUAGAUGUGGUGCGUGGUGAUUAAGGAGCUGUUUUCCAGCGUUUUCGAAGGGUUGCUGGUAACCAAAUAGCGAGUGUGAUUCUCUCCGGGUCAGCAGCGCAGUGAGUUUUAGGAGUCGUUUAGCAUCUUUUAACAGAUACCUGCCAAAAAAAAAGUGCGUUUUUAAACACCUUGAUUUACUCAUGGGGUAUAGCGUGCCCAGGCUGAGCUCCGUUCAAUAUGGAAUUCAAUGUGGUGCCCAGAUCACCUUUUCAGAGGGGCUACUUUCCUGUAACAAAAUGUCUUCAAAUAAUUUAAGUAUCUCUCUCUAUAUAUAUAUAUAUAUUUUGUGUAUUUGAAUAGCAAGGCAUUGAGAUUAAGAAGAAAUCUAGAAUUUUCCUGAGCCAACCCAGAAAUGCAGUCUCUGGACCGGAUUGCACAGACUGUUCUUGUGAACGGGGUUGUAUGCUGUAUGUGGCACAUACCCUGUCUGUCCUUUAACUUUGACUUGCUUCAGGGCUUCAGCAUCUUGGGCAUCACUAGGUUUGACAUGUUUACAAAUCACAGCUUACAAAAGCGUUGAAUCCGUGAGCAGACAUGUUUCUGGAGAGGAGGGGCGGGGGAAGCAAAUCUUUGUAAAAGUGCCAAAGUGUUCUGUUUCUUCUCCUUCAUCAGUACUGCUGUGACAGUAGCGCAUUGAAAUACUGUACUGUGAUGGUGUUGAGAAGUGUUCUUAAAGCCAUUUUAAUAAAACGGAGAAUGACUUGA